AUGGCAGAGCUGAAGAAACAGUUGAAGAACGCAAGUUUUCGCUUGUGUAUUGAUUACAAGGGUCUCAAUCGGGUCAAUAUGAAGAACAAGUACCCUCUUCCGAGGAUCGAUGAGUUGAUGGAUCAGUUGAGAGGUGCUACUUGGUUCUCCAAGAUAGAUAUGGCGUCGGGUUAUCAUGAGAUCUCGAUAGAUGAGGCAGAUGUGAGGAAAACUGCUUUUAGGACGAGGUAUAGGCAUUUUGAGUUUGUGGGGAUGGUGUUUGGGUUGACUAACGCACCAGCAGCGUUUAUGAGAUUGAUGAACAGCGUGUUUCAGGAGUUUUUGGACGUGUCUGUCACCAUUAUCAUCGACGAUAUCUUGGUUUUCUCUAAGAGUCCUGAGGAGCAUGCAGUGCAUUUGAGAGCAGUUCUGGAGAAGCUGUGUGAGCAGAAGUUGUUCGCUAAGUGUAGUGAGCUAUUGGGCUUGGUUGCAGCUGAUAGAGCAGAUCUGCUGAGCAGAGUGCAUUUGGCUCAGGAGAAUGAUAUGGGGCUGGUGAAUGCCUCUAAGGCUGUUGAUUCUGAGUAUCAGGUUUCAGCUAAUGGUACUAUUUUGGAUGAAGAAGGAUGGGGCUAG